UGAUAGUUCCUCGGAUGCUCCCACCCCUUACGCUUCACGCAAUUCAUCUUCUCGACCAAUCGUGUCCCUCCCCAAAAAGUUUACGCCAUGCAGCCUAUAAGAACUGCCUAAGUUUCUCAAGUAUCAGAAAAAGACUUGUCCUCCCAGGAACCCAUCUAUGGAUACUUUGGUGUCUCCAAAGCCACACAGACGCACAGGUGGACCAGCUCAGUGACUUCCAUGAGAGGGGAAACCAGUUCUUGGACACUUUCUUGCCACCGUCUGCCCAAGUGGAGAUGUCUGAGGAAAAUCUGGGGGAAGAGUCGAGCAGCUCCCCGGUCUCUCCUGUGGACAGCCUGAGCAACAGCGAGGGGGAGUUGGACAGCAGACAGCCGAAGAGGUGUGGGAGGAAGAGGAGACCGAGCAGGAAAAACGGGGAGGACUCAGAUAGCCCGACCCCUGGGAAAAGAGGGAAGAAGUCCAGCAGCAGCAGCCCCCAGUCGUUCGAGGACCUCCAGUCUCAGAGGGUCAUGGCCAACGUCCGAGAGCGACAGAGGACUCAGUCUCUCAACGAGGCGUUCACAUCUUUGAGGAAGAUUAUCCCCACUUUGCCUUCAGACAAACUCAGCAAAAUACAGACCCUGAAACUUGCAGCCAGAUACAUCGACUUCCUCUACCAGGUGCUGCAGAGCGACGAGCUGGACGCCAAGAUGUCAAGUUGUAGUUAUGUGGCCCAUGAGAGGCUCAGCUACGCCUUCUCAGUGUGGAGGAUGGAGGGUGCCUGGUCCAUGUCAACAUCUCACUAACAUCUGGAGAAAUCAUGCCCUAAAUGGUGACUGCUGAAUAUCUACUUAUCACAUUCUGACGGGACAAAUCUGGAGUCCAAUGCUGGAUACAUGGGAUCACUAUUUAAACCAAAGACGGCAGAAGUUCUGGGGGAUGAUUUUUCUUUGCAGAGGCCCGACGUGUAGCUCCAUACACUCCCAUUCUGACGACGAAUGCUGAAAAUAUUGUGUUGGUUUUUAAGGAAGAGACAUUUCUAAUGCAUGUGUUGUUUCUGUGGAGGGUCAAAGUGUCAAAGCAGUUGUGAGACUGUCAACUGGUGGUGCAGCUCACAUUAUAGACUGUGUGGAUCUAACCUGUGCAAAAAAAAAAAUUCAGAAUACAUUUAUUUAUUUAUUGGUGAAACGUGUUGCA